AUGCAGGCGGAGCCGCGGCCGACGACGGGGCCCGGCGACGCGGCGACCCCUGGGCUGGAAGCGGCGCUUCCUGCUACCCCGGCGCCUGCCACUACCACCGAGGGACAGAUCCCCGGGUCCGCAUCGGGACCCGAGCCCAAGAGGAGGCAGCUCGGGACGCUGCUCCAGCCCACGGUCAACAAGUUCUCCCUUCGCGUGUUCGGCAGCCACAAAGCAGUGGAAAUCGAGCAGGAGCGGGUCAAGUCAGCGGGGGCCUGGAUCAUCCACCCCUACAGCGACUUCCGGUUUUACUGGGACCUGAUCAUGCUCCUGCUGAUGGUGGGGAACCUCAUUGUGCUGCCCGUGGGCAUCACCUUCUUCAAAGAGGAGAACUCUCCACCUUGGAUCGUCUUCAACGUCCUCUCUGACACCUUUUUCCUGCUGGAUCUGGUGCUCAACUUCCGCACGGGCAUCGUGGUAGAGGAAGGCGCUGAGAUCCUGCUGGCACCGGAGGCCAUCCGCACUCGCUACCUGCGCACUUGGUUCCUGGUUGACCUCAUCUCCUCUAUCCCUGUGGAUUACAUCUUCCUGGUGGUGGAGUUGGAGCCACGACUGGACGCCGAGGUCUACAAAACAGCACGGGCCCUACGCAUAGUGCGCUUCACCAAGAUCCUCAGCCUUCUGCGGCUGCUCCGCCUCUCCCGCCUCAUCCGCUACAUACACCAGUGGGAGGAGAUCUUUCACAUGACCUAUGACCUGGCCAGUGCUGUGGUUCGCAUCUUCAACCUCAUCGGGAUGAUGCUGCUGCUCUGUCACUGGGAUGGCUGUCUGCAGUUCCUGGUCCCCAUGCUGCAGGACUUCCCUCCCGACUGCUGGGUCUCCAUCAACCACAUGGUGAACCACUCGUGGGGCCGCCAGUAUUCCCAUGCCCUGUUCAAGGCCAUGAGCCACAUGCUGUGCAUUGGCUAUGGGCAGCAGGCACCUGUAGGCAUGCCUGACGUCUGGCUCACCAUGCUCAGCAUGAUUGUGGGCGCAACCUGCUAUGCCAUGUUCAUUGGCCACGCCACUGCCCUCAUCCAGUCCCUGGACUCCUCCCGGCGUCAGUACCAAGAGAAGUAUAAGCAGGUGGAGCAGUACAUGUCCUUCCACAAGUUGCCAGCUGACACACGGCAGCGCAUCCAUGAGUAUUAUGAGCACCGCUACCAGGGCAAGAUGUUCGAUGAGGAGAACAUCCUAGGCGAGCUGAGCGAGCCACUCCGGGAGGAGAUCAUUAACUUCACCUGCAGGGGCCUGGUGGCCCACAUGCCGCUGUUCGCCCAUGCCGACCCCAGCUUCGUCACGGCGGUGCUCACCAAGCUGCGCUUUGAGGUCUUCCAGCCGGGGGACCUCGUGGUGCGUGAGGGCUCUGUGGGCAGGAAGAUGUACUUCAUCCAGCACGGGCUGCUCAGCGUGCUGGCACGUGGUGCCCGGGACACCCGCCUCACUGAUGGAUCCUACUUUGGGGAGAUCUGUCUCCUGACUCGGGGCCGGCGCACAGCCAGCGUGCGAGCUGACACCUACUGUCGCCUCUACUCACUCAGCGUGGACCACUUCAAUGCUGUGCUCGAGGAGUUCCCCAUGAUGCGCCGGGCCUUUGAGACUGUGGCCAUGGAUCGACUGCGCCGCAUUGGUAAGAAGAAUUCCAUGCUGCAGCGGAAGCGCUCCGAGCCAAGUCCUGGCAGCAGUGGGGGCAUCAUGGAGCAGCACUUGGUCCAACAUGACAGGGACAUGGCUCGGGGUGUUCAGGGCCUGGCCCCACGCACAGGAGCUCGGCUCAGCGGAAAACCAGUGCUGUGGGAACCACUGGUGCACGCACCCCUGCAGGCAGCCGCUGUGACCUCCAAUGUGGCCAUUGCCCUAACUCACCAGCGGGGACCCCUGCCCCUCUCCCCAGACUCUCCAGCUACCCUCCUUGCUCGCUCUGCUCGAUGCUCGUCGGGCUCCCCAGCUUCUCCACUGGUGCCUGUCCGACCUGGCCCUCUGCUGGCCCGGGGGCCAUGGGCGUCCACCUCCCGCCUGCCUGCCCCACCUGCCCGAACUCUCCACGCCAGCCUUUCCCAGGCUGGGCGCUCCCAGGUGUCCCUGCUGGGCCCCAUCCCGGGGGGUGGACGGCGGCUAGGACCUCGGGGCCGCCCACUCUCAGCAUCCCAACCCUCUCUGCCUCAGCGGGCAGUAGGUGAUGGCUCUCCUGGGCGGAAGGGCUCAGGAAGUGAACGACUGGUCCCGUCAGGGCUCCUGGCCAAUCCUCCAGGGGCAGCCCAGCCCCCCAGGCCACCAGUGCCUGGGCCAGCCACCCCUAGGGGCCCCCAGCUCUCUGCCAACAUGUGA